AUGUCUCAUCCCGAUGCAGUCCUUACUCGAAGGGAAUUCAACCUUCGUCAUUUCAACAACCAAACUGAUUAUAUUCUGGAGGACAAGAAGCGGGGGGUCAACAACGAAUUCGACUUCGUGCGGGCCGUGCUGGCAGGUCGUUUUGACUUGGAUGACGGUGUCGGAGAGCAGCGCAUCUGGAUCGACGCCCUGCAGGGACUAACGGAGGGAUUCCGGUGCGAUCACGGCGACGAGCCGGGUGACGAUGAGUUCGUUCUCUCGCGGGAUUACGAUUCGGUGUUCGGUCACAGCGACAAUCUACCGUACGCGGCCCCAAUCUCGGUGUUUCCCGUCCCAUCGUAUCGAGAUGUACUGCAGAAGCACAUCCAUAUCAAGUACACGGUGCCGACCUCGAGAGAUACGACGGAGUCCGUAGACCUGGGGAGCAUUCCGAACAUCCCAUUCGCCAAAGUCGGGGAACGUGGCCUCUGCAGUGUCAUUAUACCCCCUUCACCUAAGUCCAGGGGGGGGGAUCUCGCGCGGGCCCGCGAGAUCCCCUGCGCACCUCUCAACACCAGUUAUGUGGACUGCGUCAAGACCAACAUCCAGUACUGA